UUGGAAAUUUAUAACAUUAUGAUUUUAGUAUUGAAAAAAAGAGGAAUAUAAAGUUUUGAAAUAAGAUUAAUCAACACAAGAAAUAUAAAAUAAAUAAUGUAAAAUAUCCUUUAUAUAUGAUUUGGAUUAAAUAUAUUUUCUAGAGAUUGAACGAAUCACUUAGAAUUAUGUAUUCUUUAACUUAGAUGAAUGUCUUAUAACAUCACAUGUAUUCUAAGUUACUCGAAUUUUUAACACAAUUUUUUACUUAAGCUUUGAAUCUUCGACCAGUCUUAAAAAAUAUUUGAGCAUUUGUUAAUGAAGUUUUAACCAAUCGAUAAUGAAAAUAGAAGCACCUUCCGACCUUCUACAUGCUCAUAGACAAUUCUUCAUGAAUAGAAGAAUAACUAUGGAUUCGAAUUACAAUUAUCUGGAUUCGAGUCUAUGGUUUUGUGAUCAAUAUCAAAACUUUGUAUCCAUGAAUUGCUUCCAAGUGUUCAAAACAAACUUUUAUUUUUCUUCUUAUUUUACAAUCAAGCAUCGUUUGCUUGAUAGUAUAAAUAGUCAAAGAAGAACAGAGGAGUUACAUAGGGAAGAAAACGAAAACGAGAGAGGGAGAGAUUCAAUGGCAGAGAAAGAAGAGUAUGUGAAGCUUAUAGGGUCUUGGGCAAGCCCUUUUAGUCGCCGGGUGGAGAUGGCUCUCAAACUCAAAGGUGUUCCUUACGAUUACUCAGACGAAGAUUACUUGGUCACCAAGAGCCCUUUGCUUCUCCAGCUAAAUCCUAUUUACAAGAAGGUUCCAGUUUUUGUCCACAAAGGUAAAGUAUUGCUCGAGUCACAUCUAAUCCUUGAAUACAUCGAUCAAACAUGGACAAGGAAUCCAAUUCUACCUCAAGAUCCAUACGGCAAAGCUAUGGCUCGAUUCUGGGCCAAAUUCGUUGAUGAACAGGUCACAUUAAUAGGCUUUAGGUCUCUAGUAAAAUCAGAGGAAAUUGAUGUUGCGAUCAAAGAGGCUCAGGAACUUAUAACAUAUCUUGAGAAGGAAAUCACUGGGAAAAUGUUCUUCGGCGGGGAGACAAUAGGAUUCUUGGACAUUGUCGUGGGAAGUAUGAUCCCGUUUUGUCUGGUUCGGGGUUGGGAAGGUAUGGGAAUUGAUAUGAUUCCAAAGGAGAAGUUUCCAGAACUAAACAGAUGGAUAGAAAAAAUUAAAGAAAUUGAGAUCGUGAGGGAAUGUAUUCCUAAUAGGGAGAAAAAUAUUGAGCACAUGAUGAAAAUUGUAGGGCGUAUAAAAGCUGCUUCGAAGACGCCAUGACGCUACGCUUUGAUCCGGAGUUAUUUUUACUGUAUUUUGUAUUGUUUUGUUAUUUUAAAGUUGUAUGAUUGGUUAAAAAAAUAAAGAUGAGUGCUAAAAUGCAUCCCCACUGUGGUCGUAGAAACGAUUUGUAUGAAUGUCUAGAUGUUGUUUACAAAGCUUUAUUGAUAUAUAUUAUAAUAUCACAUGUUUUGUUUAUAAUUUA